CUAGUUUCUUGUAGUUAAUAGCUUUUAUUUAAUUUGUUUAUAUGUCCUUUUGCUACCAUGGCAACGAUGAGUGGGAUAUGGGCGCAUCCAAGGGAUGCACAACCCGUGGUUUUUGCUACAAAGGCGCAUAAAAGAUUUGUACCCAUUGACGAAAACAAGCUCUAUAGAACCGAAAAACAUUUCUGCAAGACCUUGGUCGAAACUGAUCAAAUAAAAAAAGUCCAAGCUAUGGAAAAUAGACGACUUCCUCAGACAGUUAACGCCGACGUCUUGUUGACUGAUGAGCUAAAGCAACUGAAGCGUCAGGAGUUCGUCGAUCGCAAGCGCCGUCAACAGCUGCGCAAUGACUGCGAGGAACUGCGACAAUUGGCCGAGCAUCUGCGAUUGGCAGCGAUCACUAAGGACCUCGAGGAGCAUAUGAGGGAAAUAAAUAGAAGUCGACAACUCGCAAAUCAUGUGAAACUGCAGGGCUUACAGCGUGCCGAGGCUGAAAGGCAACAACAGCUGGCCAUGGAGCAAGAAAAAGAGUUGCGCAAAAAGAAGAAGCAGGAAGAGCUGCGAAAGACACUUAUAUCGCAAGUUGAAGAGCGGCAGAAAUGUCGCCAGGGCCAAUACGUACAGACGCUGGCGGAGCGGGAGGUCCGCAUGGCCAUUCAGCAGCAAAUCGAAGAAGAAGAUAAAGAGCUUCAGUUGGAGUUACAGCGCCUAAAGAUCAAGAAGCGAGAUGAUAUUAUUCAGUUUAUAGAGGAAAAACGAAAAUACGAGGCUCUGCAAAAGGCGAAGCUCAACGAAGAUACCUUAAAAGCAUUUGAGAUACAACUGGAGGAAGCUAAGCACAGAGAGGAAAUGGAGAAGGCCCGACUUGAAGCGAUACGUAAACAGCAGGAGAUUAGUUCGCGAAUAGGUCAGCAGGUGCUUGAAGUUGAGAAUAGAAAAAGGCAACGUGACAAUGUCUUGCUGGAUCUGCUGCAGGCAGAGUACAAAGCGAAGGACGAUGAACGCUACCGGCAGCAGCUCCAGCAGGAACAACUGGAGCGCCAGCGUACCCGCCAAGAAUUAGAACGCUACCGUGCUGAAGCCUAUGAGCGACAUUUAGAAGCAGUGCGCAAGAAGAAGGAACAAGCUGUUGACAAAGAUUCUUUCAGCAUCGACAUCCACGCAUGCGGCGAUAACGAAAUUCUGAUACGCCAACAGCGGAAGGAGCAUGGUGCUCUGCUUCUGUCAAUGAUUGAGGAGAAUAAUCGGAAGCGUGCCGAAGAAGCAGCCGAAAACAUUCGAUUUUUCAAUUUGAAGGCGAAGUCAGACGCCGAGCGCCAGGCACUCAUUGAGGAGGAGCGCCUGAGAAUGUUGAGUUCUGUGCCGACUGAGGUUCUGAAAUAUUUGCCAAAGCAAGUCCUUUCGGAAUCGGACCGAAAGUAUUUCAACGUGCAAAAACAAUAAGAGUUGAAGCAUCAGUGCAAUUGAAUCCGAAUAUUAGCCAUCACUCAUUGGCGCGAGGUCAUUACAAAUUCUAGAUAGUGGUGUUGUAUAAAUAAGUGAAAUAA